GUUGCUUCUGCCGGCGAAUGGCGUUCCCUUUGUGGCCGUCGUUGGUGUUGUCGUUGUUGUUGUUGCUCUUUCUCUCCUCCCAGGCCGUAGUAGUUGUAUUGCCGUGGUUUUUUUGAUUUGCUGUAAAAACAAAUUUGAAAAAUGCGGGCUCUGGCUGGGGUGGUUGGUCUUUGGCAGUGAUGGCUUUUAGUUGGGUUUUAAACUUGGUCGUGAGAGGGUAGUAGAUCACAGCAAGCAGGCGAGUGAAGACAGCCAAAAAGCAAACGGGGCUAGCCAAGUGAUAAUUGUGAAAAAUCAAAACACAAAGAAUAAAUUCCACAAAAAGAACGUUUUGAAAACAAAGUGAAUUGAAAUUAAAAUACAAACUUGAAAUUAAACCAAAUCAGUCAGUCCAAAGAUCAAUGAACGGAUAAUUUAAAAAAACACAAUAAACAAUUUUAAUGUUAACAAUAAAUUGAAAAACCAAAAAAAAAAAAAAAUAUUGAACAAUUUUCCUGAGAUUUUGUUUUGAAACAUUUUAUUGAUGAGCCAUAAAAAGUUAUUGAAAUCUCUGAACUCAUCACCCACCUCAACGACCAGUGAUCUGAACAACGACAUUAGCCAUCAUCAGCGAUCCUCACAAGAGAUGAGUGCUAGCGCCGCCGCCUCAGCCGCCGCUAUAGCAUUGGCUUUGGAUUUGAAGCCCAAGCACCAGCCGCCAUCGAUGAUGGAACAGCAUCCACAGCAGCAGCAGCAGCAACAACAGCAUCAACAGAAAAUCAAAAAAUUGGUUCGACGCAAUGCCUCCGACAAACUGAAACUGAUACAGAUGGUCCACGACAACCCGAUUUUGUGGGACUCACGUCUGCCCAAUUUCAAGGGAGCCGAAGAGGAAAAGAAUCGGGCAUGGGAAAUGAUUGGAAAGGAGUUCAAUGCGCCCGGCAGGCGUGUGGCGCGAGCUUUUAAAUCUCUGCGAGAAUCCUAUCGACGCGAAUUGGCCCAUGUCAAGCUGAUGGGUAAUAAUUUCAAGCCCAAAUGGAGUCUGUACGAGGCAAUGGAUUUUUUGCGCGACGUCAUACGCGAGAGAAAAGGUGGCUCACAUGCUCUGGAGCACAGUGGCCCCUUAGGUCUCAAUCUCACGGCGUUGGCCCAACACAUCUCCAAUGCUGCUGCAGCUAAUAACAAUAACAACAACAGCAACAACAAAAACAGCUACAAAUUAAAUUCAAUGCAUUCAUCGUUUAAUGAUUCCGCCUUGAAUCUCUCCAAAUGUUCAUCGAAUCUCAAUAUGAGCGGUGGCGGCGAUGAUUACUAUUAUAACGUAAAAUCCGAAUUGGAUUUGUCUAAUCAAAAUACAAAUCCCAAUGCGGUGGUACACCAACAUCAACAACAACUGGCAGCAGCUUUGGGAGCCAGCUUCAAUCCGGCCCCGGCCCAUCAACACCAGCACACAUCAUCACAUGCAUCUAAUAAUAAUAAUAAUGCCACACAACAACAACAGCAACAUUCGGGAAACCAGCUGCAACAACACCAACAACUAUUGCACAACGAUAGCCGUGUCUCAUCGACCCGCAAUGAUUCCUCCACUGGACAAAACAAUACUUACGAUGAUUUGGAUAACUCCUCAGUGCGUAGCGGCGAUGAGGGGGCGGCCCUAAGCAAUCAAGGCUCAGAUGAGGUAGAAGAAUUGGAAGCCAUAGAUGCAGAUUUCCCCUAUCCUUUGAUAUUGAAUUCCCAUCACUCGCCCACGACGAGUGGGGCGGGUAUUAAUGGCAGCAGUGGUGGGGUACCACCGCUGAAACGCCGACGUAAACAUUUGAAUAGUACCGGCGAGGAGGAUAACGAUGCCGACGACGAUGAUGACCAGGAUCAGGAUGAAUACGAUGGCCAAAUGCUGCAACAACAUCGUCAUUUGCGGGCUCAGAAUAUGGCCAAUGGUCUAACGCAUAACGGUUUAAUGGGCGAUAUAAUGGCCCAGCCCCAGACAGUGCGUGAAGUUUUAAAUUCCAAAUUCUGUGGUUUCAUAUCGGCCAAACUCAAUAGCAUGGAAGAUUCGGAGGCGGAUAAUUUAAUGAAUAAAAUUCUCAUGUUGCUGGUGCAGACGCAAAUGAACAAUGCCGUGGCCAGCACGGCAACAGCUGGGACCACUGGCUCAUCAUCACCUUCGGGUAGCAGUUUAAAUGUCUCCACACCAAUGGGAGGUAGUGAGGCAAAAUGAAGAGGGAGAAGAAAAAAGGAAUUUUCCAAAAACUCAACAAGGAACAAAAGACAACAACAAAAAGAACAAAAAGAAGUGCCAUUUACAAAAGAAACAAAAAAAAGAAAACUUUACUUGUGAUUUUAUACAAAAAAAUGAAAAAACCUACAAAUAUAUAUUUUAUACCUACCUACAUAGUUACAUUCUUUGUAAUUCAUUCAUUAAUGGGAAUAGAAACAGAAAUGAAUUGUAAAACCCCAGAAUAAAAACUGAAAAAGAGAUUAUUAUUAAUUUUUAAUGAACACAAAAAAACCAAAAAAAAAAAAAAGAGAAACACAAAACUUGCCUAAAACAAAGCAACUGUUUUCUGUGAAUAUUUACUUUUUACAUCAAAAAUAGAUUAAUUUACUUUCCUUUUGCAAUUAGUUUUAAAAAUGAAAUAAAUCCUUUAGAAAACUCAAACACACACACACAGACACAUAAAGGCUUUUGUGAAAACGAUUUAAAGAAAAUGAAAUUAAAUGUUAAGUUUUGCCAUAAUUUUCUCAAUGCUUAGGGAAGAAAUAAAAAAGACACAAUAAUAUAUAAAAAAG